AUGUCGCGCCCCGGCGACGAGAUAACAUCUGAUGACGCUCUUACUCUGGCGCUUCAAGUCGUUCUAUCGUCAGAUCUUUCCGUCGAGCAAUGCAGUGCGCUGAUUGCUAAACUCGAAAAGAAUGGAAAAGCACAGGUGGCCGACAUCGUUGCGAAGACAACAGCAGCACAUGAAGGGCUUGUCGAUUUGUCCAAUUGGGCUCCAAUGAAGCUGUGGCAACAGAUCAAAAACUCAUUGACGGCAUGGGAGAUUGCCUGGUACUCUAAUCUACCGCAGGGCAAAGUCGGGAAGUAUCGCCGCAGCCUCUCAGCGACUCAAAGACAACUUGCACAACGUAACCUUCCAGCAGUCGACCUUACCGCCCUACCGACUAUACAGUCUGAUUUCGUUUUUAUGCUAGCUUACGCCGGGAUAGAGCCUCUUAGUGCCGAUGUCCUGGAUGCAGUAUGGUCGAAGUGCUCAGCCUACGCUGCCACUGGCACUAGGAUCAGAUCACUUAUGGAAGCCUUCAUGAGAGGCGAUAAGCACCUUGGACGGUGGGUGGACCAACCAUCAAAGAAGCGGUCGCAAUCAGAGAUUGAGGGAGAGAUGAACGGAAUACAAAGUGAGUAA